AUCCAAUCAACCGAAGCAAUGCUCUUGAACGACCUGUGGAAACUGCCUCCAGAAUUGCGAUGGCAUAUCUAUCUACAUGCCUUCGCAGUCCGGCAAGAUGAACAGAAAGGCGAUUACACCAGUAACCGUCUCGAUCUGCGUCUCAUCGGAGACAGAGUCUUCCUGACUCCCAGCAAGUCGAGAAAAUAUCGCAACCGCGGACACCAUGCCUUGCCGCUUCUUCGGACAUGCAAGCGAAUCUGCAGCGAAGCCACACCUGCAUUGUAUUCGUCUUUGGAAUUCAAAUUAAUCCUGGGCAGCAUACCAAGUCGUGGGUUUUGGCACGACGAGCUCGUCGACAUCGACUUGGGCAACAUCGAGGGCUGUGCACUGCUACGACACAUUCGGAUUCUUACGGUAUCGUUGGAGCUCAAAACGAAAUGGGAUGCCGAAGCUUUGAUCGACGAGCAGUGCGAUCCGUUGAUAAAUGCACUUCCAUGCGUCAGAAGUCUGGAAAUCCGACAUACAUACGCAGCGCUCUUCUUAGAAGUGCCUACUUCCUACGACUACACCAUCUUGGCCACUCUCAGGCCACUCCUCGGCGAUGAUCUAACACAGAUCAUCUGCUCGGAUGAUGAAGGCACACGGAGAUUCACUCGACUGCCGGCUACUCAAGCUAAGCAGUGUCGAGACUUACCAGCUUUCGCUGCAGCCCGGAUUCCUGGUUGCAAGAAGCUGUCUCUCUAUAGCUGAACGAUUGGUAUGGUUCUGACAGUCACCCAUUAAUUCACGUGAACGCCAACCUUCACAAGAGCCUUGGCAAGGCAGCGUCAAGAAUAUAUGUCGUCUACGAUGACGAUCGAAGGGCAGUGACUCGAGAAUGGUCUAUACCUCAGGGUUUCUAUAGGCCCUCAAGCGAAGUGAACGUUGUCGACUCACAAUCAGCGAAGACGAAAUAUACAACAUAUUGAACAUCGACUUACCAU